AUGCUGCCGGAGCGGCCGGCGCCGAUUACCAGCACAGGCGUUAUCGGCUGGAUGCGGGCCAACCUCUUUUCGAGCUACCUGAGCGCGGCGCUCACGAUCGCGUCGAUCGCCGUGCUCGCGCUGGUUUUGCCGGGUCUGAUCGACUGGGCCUUCAUCGACGCCACCUUGACCGGUGAGAUCGGCAAGGACUGCCCCAGCAAAGGCGCGUGCUGGGCCUGGCUCGACCAGCGCAUCACCCAUUUCUUCUACGGCUUCUACCCGCCCGAUGCCUAUUGGCGCGUGCAUGUCUGCCUCGUCCUGCUGGUGCCGGCGCUCGCCUAUCUGCUGUUCGCCAAGCUGCCCUACGUCCGCUACGGGCGCUGGUUCUCGCUCGCGUACCCCACCUUCCUGCUGGCGGCGCUGUUCUUCUUCGUGAUCUGCUUCAGCAUGUCGCGCUACUCGCUCAAUCUCGAGAAGCGCCUGGACACCACGCGACGCUAG